AUGAUCGAUAAUGAGUCAAAAACAAGUUCAUCGGACUCUGAAGAUGAGGUGCAACAAAUAAAUACUAGCCAAGUUAUGCCUGGAUCUAGUGGUAUUCAGCAAAUAAUAAAAAUUAAAUCGGUUCCUGUGUAUCAGUGGAAUGUAAAAUUUGAUGGCAAAAAUAUGUCCUUAUUAUCAUUUUUAGAUCGAGUCAAAGAAUUGUCGGCAUUAAGAAAUGUUUCAAAGGCUCAACUGGUGGCAUCAGCAAGAGAUCUAUUUAUUGGACAAGCCAAGCUUUGGUGGACAGCUAAUUGUGACAUCAUAAAAACAUGGGAUGAUUUGGAUAGUGAAUUGAAGAAAAAAUUUUUACCACCGGAUUGGAAUGAAAAACUUUUGAGUGAAGUUAAUCAGAGAACACAAGGACCUGACGAAACAAUAGGUAUGUAUAUUGCUACUAUGAAAACGGCAUUUAAACGUUUUACCUGUCACAUUCCCGAAAGUGCCAAAUUAAAAAUACUGUUGAAAAACAUAGCUCCUUUUUAUCAAAAUCAACUAGGUCUCACUAAAGUAAAAUCCAUUGAGGAACUACUCAAAUUGAGUUGUCGUUUAGAGGAACGAAAAGCUUCCAUAGAGGCUUUUACUCCGUCUCCAAGAAACAGAAAAUUUUUGGAGCCAGAUUUAGCUUAUGUUUAUUCGGAACCAUAUAGUUCUAGAGCUAAUUGUGAUUUAGUAUCAGAUUUAACUUGCUGGAAUUGCGGUAAAAAGGGUCAUAGAUCUAACCAAUGUAUGGAGGCAAAAUCAAAGCAUUGUUUUAAGUGUGGUGAGAGAAAUUUUACUGUAAGAACUUGUCCCAGAUGUGCUAGACCCCAGGGAAAUUAUCAAGGGAGGCACUAG